AUGGCAAUAUCAAACUUUCUAAACCCGGAGGAAGAAAAGGAUAUACAAGAUGGGAUGGAGGAAUUGGGACCAGAAGAGGUUUUAAAUGAGGUCUUAGAGGAGCAUCUAGGCCAAGGGAGUACCCAAGAUGAUGACAAAGAUGAGGAGCAGCUAGAGCACCCUGUAUUUACUAUACAGAGUGCUCGUCAAGCUCUACAAGUUCUGAUUGGGUUUGCUCUAGGUCAAGAUGCUCUCAAGGCAGAGCAUUUACGAGGGUUGGAGCGUCUAGAGUCUAUUCUUGAUGCUUUAGAUCAGGAUAGCAGGAUACAGUCAUGGCUAGAUGGGUGGAUUAUGCAAAAUUCAGUAUAG